UCUUACUAGGCUACUACUAAUACAAAUGAAUACGCCAUCCACUUCUUAAAGAUACAUCAAGAUUUUCCUUUCACUUCUUCUCAUAAAAUCUUCUGAUUCUUCUCUUGGUUCUGAUGCUGCUGCUCCUGCUGCUGCUUUGGUAAAGACACAAAGGAAAACAACCUCUCUCUCUCUAUGUUAUGUGUGCUGUAUUAUUAUCAUUCAUGUUUCAGUAGAAAAAACAUUCUUAAUAUACAUUAACAUUCACUAAUUUUUUUUUUUAAAAUUAAAAAUAUAAUAAGAAUAAUUAUGCAAAGCUUCAAAACAGCUCAAUCAAACUCUCAACUCUAUUGUCACCAACCCUUCUUACUUCGGGGAGAGGAUAUAAACAGAAACCAAAUGCGUUUUUCUGAUCUUGGAGACUUUCAUCAUUCUUCUCCUUUCUUUCAACAACAAGAUGCUGUUGAUUUAAGUUCAAGUUGUAUGUUUAGUAGUGUAAAGUCGAACAAUGUUGUUAUUGGUGGUAAUAACAUGCAGUAUGAAACAACAAUCAACACGAAUAUUGGGUCUGCAGAGAUAGCUUCAAAUGGCGCAGGGUGUUCGGAUGCAGGGCAGCAGCAACUGAUGUACAACAAGGGAAUAGCCUCCUUGCCUUUGGGGGUUGAGAAUUGGGCUGAUUCUGGAAUGGCAGAUAAUAGCCAACAGACUGAUGAUACUUCCACUGAUAUUGAUACUGAUGAUAAAAACCAAUCCAAUAGAGGCAAGAGUGAGGCGCAUAUGGUUGCUAACUCCAGGGAUCAAACCAAGUUCAGAGCUGAAGAUCACAAGACCCUUCGUAGACUUGCUCAGAAUCGUGAGGCGGCUAGGAAGAGCCGGUUACGGAAGAAGGCAUAUGUACAGCAGCUGGAGAGCAGCCGAGUCAAGCUUAUGCAAUUAGAGCAAGAGCUUCAACGAGCACGUCAACAGGGCUUGUAUCUUGCGAAUCCUGGAGAUCAAGGUCAUUCAACUGUUGGAAAUGGUGCCAUGGCAUUUGACAUGGACUAUGCUCACUGGGUUGAUGAGCAUCAACGUCUUCUGAACGAUCUAAGAUCGGCGUUAAAUUCUCAAAUGGGUGAUAAUGAAUUGCAUCUUCUUGUUGAUGGUGUUAUGGCACAUUAUAAUGAAUUAUUUAGGCUAAAGAGCAUAGGGGCAAAGGCGGAUAUAUUUCACAUGCUUUAUGGGCAGUGGAAGACACCGGUUGAAAGAUUUUUUAUUUGGCAUGGUGCAUUCCGUUCAUCCGAACUUCUCGAGAUAGUCAGGAACCACCUCGAGCCAUUAACCGAAAAUCAGUUGAUGGGAAUUUGUACUCUGCAGAAGUCUACUCAGCAGACUGAAGAUGCUUUAUCUCAAGGAAUGGAAGCAUUGAAACAAUCUCUUUUAGAGACACUUUCCUCUACCUCUUCAUUACCUAGUACUGGUUCUGGAAAUGUAGCUGAUUACAUGGGCCAGAUGGCAUUUGCAAUGAGCAAGCUUGCAUCGAUCGAGGAAUUCCUUCGUCAGGCUGACCUCCUGAAGCAAAAAACUCUACAACAGUUACAAAGGAUUUUGACGACACGUCAGAUUGCUCGGGCACUCCUUGUCAGAAAUGAUUACAUUUCAAGACUACGAGCACUUAGCUCGUUAUGGUUAGCCCGUCCAAGGGAUUAGGGAUUUAUAUUGAUAUAAUCACCUUGAUCUAGCGAUGGUGCAUUUUCUAUGUUUCCUGGAAUACUGAUUGGCUAUUUAUGUUAGUUUGUAAUAGGAACUCAGUGAUGAAAUGAUGCGACCCUCGGAUAUAGAGCAUUGUUAAUAAUCUGUUAUACUGAGAAGAAACCUUAUCAUUGGUAGCUACUGAUCUAAUUUUCUUUAGAAGAUAUAGGUUAGCGGCAAAUGUUUUUAAUUA